AUGCUAUUCAAUGGUCAGACAAUAGGUGUGGACACAGACCAGACAUCUGGGUUUCUGGUGGCGAGUCUCAAGAGGUCAUGUAAAACACUAACCGAUGGGUUCUUGCGGAGACCCGCGGCCGAGAAAUUCUCGGCCGCGGGUCUCCGCAAGAACCCAUCGUUGAUCCCAUUAUUCUUCUUCGCGGGUUUGGGAGGUGUUUGGGCCGGUUAUUACCUCUUGAGACUCGCCACCAGAAACCCCGACGUCUGCUGGAAUAAGAAGGGAAACCCCGAGCCGUGGCAGGAGUACGACAAGAAGCAGUAUAAGUUCUGGUCGCAAAUUGACCAUGUCAAUUACGAACAUCCCAGACCCAGAUUUUAGACGACUAAUGGUCUCUCGUUAUUAGAUCUGAUCCGAAGAAUCACUUUAUCUGUCGAUUGAUUGUAUGUUUUAAUAGUAAUAAUUGAUUAUAGGUUUAGACAUUUGUUUUUCAAUUCACACUCUUAUGAGUUGAAUAUAUCUGCAGUUAAUCUCAAUUCCAGUUUUGAUCUGUUUUUUGUAGGUUUUAUUAAAUUGUAAGUUUUUUUUAAUCAUUUAAUUGCUUUGUAAGCAAUUUAAAUGAUUCUCACGCG